AUGGUAAGACAGAGACAACGUAAAUCCAUUGAAGAAUUAUAUGGCGGUAAAUAUGAUGCUUCCAAAUCGCAAGUAACUAAUAAUGCUUCAAAAAAUCCACGAACUGAUCGUGAUUAUGGUUAUAUAAUAACGUCGAGCACGCCAUACAACACGGGCGGAUCAAUACCUGCCGCAAAUACAAACAGUAAUGGUGGUAAUGGGGCUGCAAGUACGGCACGCCGUAAAAGUGCCCGGACCGCAGCGGUCAAGGGCGCCGAAAAAUAUUAUAGCAAGGAUGAGAAAAUUCCAAAUCUUGACGAUUUGAAAAAAGAUCACAAUAUAAUCAAAUCUAAAACAUCACGUGUCGAAAAAUGUCCGUAUACAACGUCGACCAAUAUGUACGAUAAUAAGACCUGUGGCAGCGCCUAUACUGAACGUCAUAAGGAGUCGGGCGGUGAGGCCGUCGGCGCUCAUCAACAUUCGCAUCAACAACACUCGCAUCCACAUCAACAUCAGCAUCAUCAUCAUAACCACAAUCAUCGUACUGCAAGUCAUGAUGAUGAUAAAGAUGAUGACACCGAAGAAUUUUUCGAACUGAUAAGGCAAACAGUAGAAAGCGCUAUAGGGAAAUCGAUAUCUGAUCUAUUGAAUCGUAAUUUUCGUGAGUUGGCCACAAAGGUUGAGCGUUUCUCGUCCGAGCUAAAAAACACCAACACCUUGCUAAACAAAUUACAAACUGAUCUUAAUAAUAAAGUGGUACACUAUGGCGAAGAGAAUUCUCGACAUUUUCGCUACCUGUGCAUGAAAUCCGAAUACGAUAAAAUGUUUUAUCAGCAUCAAUCGAUGAUGGCAGCUGUAACGCCCUCAGCUACCUCCCAGCAGGUUGAUAAGCGAAGUAGCGGUGGCAAAGGCAAUACUUCAAACAACAUUUUAGUUUCGACAGUCACGGAUAAUGAUAAAACUAAUGCUUCGGCUCCGAUACCCUGCACAUGUCGGAGUAAUAAAUCUAAUAAUGCCAACGAAUACAAAGAGCUCACUCAUAAGCAAUCAUCUGAGGAUCACAGCCUAAGUCAGAAAUCAUCGGAAGUGGGCAUGCGUGAAGUGCUCGAGCAUAUACAGCGUUUUUGCACGCAAAUGCAAUUGAAUGAUCUUAAGUGCGAUCAUUUGCCGCCCAACGUCCAAUCCUCAAUGAAGCGUGGCGGUUAUCGUCGCGAGGACGCUCUCAAGAUUAAUGAAGAAAUUUUCCAAGACGAUGAUGACGAUUUGGAAAUCAGUUCAGAUGGUAUGACACCACGCAGCGAUGACAAUAACUCGCACAAAUACGGUGCGAAUACAAUGCGCGGUUGUAAUACCACCAGAGGUGGCACCGGUGGCGGUGAUGCUUAG